UCCAUUUAUUUACAAAAUCUAUAGAUUAGCAUUCUUCAGUAUUCUUAAGAACUUUCUCAAAUAUACUAGUGAUUACUCCUUGGAAUUACGGUUUAUGUUUAACUAACUAAAAUGAAUGACAACGUAAAAGCAAUUAGAUUACCAUUGGGAAUAUGUACUAAGGCCACAGACAUAUAUAAAAAUAUUCCAUAUCAUGCCAGAGAAACUGCACUGCCAUUCACAUAUGGCGACAUAUCUGAAGGAUUAACGCAAAGUCAACUGAAGCACGUUGAGAGUAUUUUUGACGAAUCACAAUUUGAAAAUGAUAAACAACCGUUUUUAAAGGAGACGAACUCUUUAUAUAAUUUAGGGGAGACAGCAAUGAUUCAAGAUGUAUAUUUAAAAAAGAAAAUUGCCAACAAUGAAAAGCUUCAACAAAGCUAUGACAAUUCAAUUAAUAAAAACAAUCAGACAGGGAAACGUGAGCUUCUCUCAAAGAACAAACUAAUCAAUAAUAUAGUGCGAAGUGGAAACAAUACUCGUAAGUUAUCCGAAAAUGUCCAUAAUAGGAUAAUUUUGGAACAAAAUGAAAUUAGUAAUGAGUUAUUAGAUACAUCACAUAACGGUUUAAAUCUUAAUAGAGAGAAUUCAAAAGAUCAACCUAUCCCAGAAACUAAGGAUCUAAAAAGGUGUCAAGCACCUAGUUUCCCAUAUGAGGAAAUCACAAGCUUUUUAAAUCGUUCGACUAGCCCCUAUCCAACGUUCAGCGCACAAAUUUGUAGUACCAAUGUAAAAAAUAAAAAAGAAUGCAAAAUAGUAACGAAAAAUAUCACAGACACAAAUACAAAUUUUGCUAAAGAUACAUCAAACUUCUGGUAUAAACCACAUAUUACAAGAGAAGAAGCAUUAAUACUUCUGGGUAAUGCUAAGCCAGGAUCAUUCAUCUUACGUAAUUCAACCAGUGAAUGUAAAAACAUAGAGAAGGUCCAGGUCGAACAUUUGUUCGAAUUGAAGUAAGGAAUUCUUCUCACAACCACAGAAUUCACGCUGUGAAAUGUUAACAUUGUUUACAGUUCUCUCAAAUACUCAACCAGAGAAUAUGAAGAGACACAAAUAUAAGUAGUAUGUAUGUAUGCAUGCCCAUGAUUACACUCCCAACGAAUGUAAAGAAUUUCGUUUUGCCGUCGGCAUUUGCGUACUCAUGUUUAAAUUUUUGCUUUCAACCAGGGAAUAUGUGCAAUGUAUGCAAAUAUGUAUGCUUUCGCGUUUUGCCCUCAAUAAUUCCAUAUUGACAUGUAAAAAUAAUUAUGAUAUGAGUCAGAGACCUGCAUUGA